ACACUCAGAUCGCAGCAGGACAGCUGGUGGGCGACAGGCAGUUGGGCCACGUGGUCCUCUCCCCAGUCUGGUUCCUCUACAGCCUGCUCAUGAAGCUGUUCCAGCGCUCCACCCCGGCCAUCACCCUUGAGAGCCCGGACAUCAAGUACCCAUUGCGGCUCAUCGACAAGGAGCUGAUCAGCCACGACACCCGGCGCUUCCGCUUCGCCCUGCCGUCGCCGGAGCACAUCCUGGGCCUCCCCGUCGGCCAGCACAUCUACCUCUCAGCUCGGAUCGAUGGAAACCUGGUCAUUCGGCCCUACACGCCCGUCUCCAGCGAUGACGACAAGGGCUUUGUGGACCUGGUCAUCAAGGUUUACUUCAAAGACACCCAUCCCAAGUUCCCUGCUGGAGGGAAGAUGUCCCAGUACCUGGAAAGCCUGAAGAUUGGAGACACCAUUGAGUUCCGGGGCCCGAACGGGCUGCUGGUCUACCAGGGCAAAGGAAAGUUUGCCAUCCGUCCAGACAAGAAGUCCAACCCUGUCAUCAAGAUGGUGAAGUCUGUCGGCAUGAUUGCAGGAGGGACCGGCAUCACCCCGAUGCUGCAGGUGAUCCGCGCCAUCAUGAAAGACCCACAUGACCCUACCGUGUGCCACCUCCUGUUUGCCAACCAGACUGAGAAGGACAUCCUGCUGCGGCCCGAGCUGGAGGAACUGAGGAACGAACAUUCUGCUCGCUUCAAGCUCUGGUACACUGUGGACAAGGCCCCUGAAGCCUGGGACUACAGCCAGGGCUUCGUAAAUGAAGAGAUGAUCCGGGAUCACCUCCCGCCUCCAGAGGAGGAGCCACUGAUACUGAUGUGUGGACCCCCGCCCAUGAUCCAGUACGCCUGCCUGCCUAACCUGGACCGCGUGGGCCACCCCAAGGAGCGCUGCUUCGCCUUCUGAGGGCCAGGCACUGGCUGCUCGCGCGCCCGCCCCGCAUACUCACCGUGACCUGUCCACACCUCCCGCCACUGUUCUUUAACAUCACUUCCUUCCCCCACAUCUCCCACUGUGGCCCCGGGUUUAGCCUGGCCUGCCUGUGCUUGGCUGGCUAUCCCGCUGGGCUGGCCCCCGACGGACCCCUUUGGGAGCAGGGUUCUGUUACAGGUGGGCUGCCACCAGCCACCUUCUGGGCGGGUUCCUGUCUGGCCCUCAUCGGUUCUUACCAGUGAUGCUCGGCCCUGGCCCUGGCCCUCCCCUCCCUCCACGCCACCCACCCACACACUACUAGGCCAAGGCUGCAAGCACCACGCUCCACCCACCCCUCCCAGGGCAGACGACGUCUGGAAAUAAACACGAAUGUACAGGUAGCCCAGAGCUGCAGGUGCCAGGGACCCCCCCCCGCCUCCCAGGCACUGCCUCGGGACCCUCGCCUGCCACCCCUCACUACCUGCUCAGGGCCACAGCCUGGCCUCAGCACCUGACACUACAUGACAGUAACACCAAAAAGUCCUCUUGGCAGGCGCCGUGGGAUAGAGAGUCUGUCCCCCACCCCAGGACCCAGGCAAGCCCAGCCAGCAGGGAGCUGGGCUCUCCCCUCUCUGGGCUGGAGUAGGAGGAGGAGGGGGCUGGCCGAGGGCUCCUUUGGUGGGCACACGGGCCCUCUGGAAGCCUCAGCAUCUUCCCCAACACACCUGAGCAUUCAGGCCGGCAGUCUGGUUGAUCGCCUCGGGAGCCCGGGCCACCAGCGCUGAUGGCCGAGCUGAGACAUGUGUAUUUAUUCCUCUGUCCCAGACCCGCCCCUCAUGCUGCCUGCACCCCAGCAGAGGGGAGGUUUCGUCUGAGCAGCAUUCUCCGUGAUCUUGAUGUUGCCUUUAGACAAGGGUGGGUUCGCCUCUUGCAUAUGGGCUUUUUCAGAAUCAUUUAUGAGCAGAAAAAACAUUGAAAUAAAACUUUGCUAUUACUAACCCUUC